AAAAUAUCACUCUAUUCCAUCAUUUGCGCCAAAAAGCAAAUAAGGCCCCGUUACAGUUGGCACGCAACGUAAUGUUUGGCUAAUUUAUAUUUAUAAUAGGUCGGGGUGCUCUUUUUUUAAUGUCUCAAAAAUAAAAAAGAGAGAAUUUGCCUCAAAGACAACGUGCCUUUUCCAACGCCAACCCCAUUUCUCUGUCUCAGCAUUUGGAGGAGAGAGAGAGAGAGUCAGCUGGGAGUGAGUGAGUGAGAUUCUUCUUCUGAAUUCUGGAUACCCUUUUUCGAAAUUUGAUCGAGUUAGCUCUAUUUCUUUGUCCUCUCUCAGUUUUGUUGGAUUCCAAUCCCUCUCUCUCGUCUCUCCUUUUUCUUUCGUGGUUUCUGUUGUCUCUCUCCCCAAAUGCUGAAUUGAUUCUCACAGAAUAUCACAACCACCCAAUUUCUUCCACCCUUCCAUUACCUGGUCGAGAAAAUGGCAGCAUCAGCGGCGGCGACGGCCACGGCGGCAGCUGAGAAAUCAAGCUCCAAAGGCCAAGCAUGGUUCUGCACUACUGGAUUACCGAGCGACAUUGUCGUCGAAGUCGACGACAUGACCUUCCAUCUCCACAAGUUCCCUCUGAUGUCGAAAAGUCAAAAGCUUCACAACCUGAUCACAGAGCAGAGGCGAACCCAUCAAACCCCCACCAGCGUUGAUAACGACGUAGACGACGAAAUCGAAGAAGUCCAGUGCCAAAUAUCCCUCUCGGACUUCCCCGGCGGUUCCGAGAUCUUCGAGAUCGCCGCCAAGUUCUGCUACGGCGUCAAGAUCGACCUGAGCUCCUCCAACGUCGUGCCGUUACGUUGCGCCGGAGAGUAUUUGGAGAUGACGGAGGAGUACUCGGAGGACAACCUUAUUUCGAAAACUGAGAGGUUUCUUACUCAGUCGGUGCUGAAAAGUUUCAAGGAGUCGCUCCGAGCUCUCAAGUCCUGCGAGCGAGUGGCGCCUCUGGCGGAGAAAUUGGGGAUAACGCAGAGGUGCAUAGACUCCGUCGCUUCCCGCGCCACGUCCGCCGAUCCCACCCUGUUUGGCUGGCCGGUUGGUGACGGUGGACCCAAUCGGAAUACUAAUGCCGAUACUGUUUCGGCUUCUUCUGCUUCCAAACAGCAGAUUUUAUGGAAUGGGAUCGACGCGGGCGGCGGACGGAGAAGAUCUAAACACGCGGAUUCAUGGCUUGAAGACUUGGUCGUUCUGAGCUUGCCUCUCUUCAAGCGGUUGAUUUCCGCCAUGAAAUCUGGAGAUCUGAGCUUGGAGAUGGUGGAGACGUGCUUGAUGCAUUAUGCUAAGAAGUACAUUCCUGGAAUUUCGAGAACGAAUCGAAAGCCUUCGUCUUCUUCCUCAGGAGUCGCCGCCGCCACUACCGCUGCCGCAUCAUCGGGUUUAGCUUCGGAGAGUCAGCAGAGAGAACUUUUGGAGACCAUCAUCUCCAAUCUUCCAUUGGAGAAGAGCUCCAGACCUUCGACCGCGACUCGAUUCCUCUUCGGGCUUUUGCGAACCGCCAACAUACUCAACGCCUCCGAUACCUGCAAGGCCGCCUUGGAGAAGAAGAUCGCGUUGCAGCUCCACCAAGCCACCUUAGACGACCUUCUCAUCCCGAGCUAUUCCUACCUGAACGAGACGCUCUACGACGUCGAUUGCAUCGAGCGGAUCCUCGGCUACUUCUUGAACGGCUUGGAUCAGGGAAACACCGUCGGAAUCGAAGACGACGACGGUUCUGCGGCUGCAGUCCGAUCUCCGUCGCUGAUGCUCGUCGGAAAACUGAUCGACGAGUUUCUCUCCGAAAUCGCCUCCGAUGCGAAUCUCAAACCGGAUCGGUUCUACAAUCUCGCGAUUUCUUUGCCUGAUCAAGCUCGGCUCUUCGACGACGGUCUCUACAGAGCCGUCGAUGUUUAUCUCAAGGCUCAUCCAUCGCUAUCGGAACCUGAGCGCGAGAAGGUUUGCGGUAUUCUGGACUGCCAGAAGCUGACGCUGGAGGCGUGCACGCACGCGGCGCAGAACGAGCGAUUGCCGCUGCGCGCGGUGGUGCAGGUUCUGUUCUUUGAGCAGCUCCAGCUCCGUCACGCAAUCGCCGGAACUCUUCUCGCCGCCGAUCGCUCCGCGGAGUCGGCCAGGCCGUCGGUGCUGCGACGCGAGCCAGAGGAUGAGGAGGAAGAAGACGAUGAUGACGCGGCGGAGGCACGCGGGGAGGAAGAGGAGAAUAGAGUGGUACGUGCGGAGGAAAGUGGCGGCACGUGGCGGGCGGCGGUGAGGGAGAAUCAGGUGUUGCGGUUGGACAUGGAUAGCAUGAGGACGCGGGUGCACCAACUAGAGCGGGAAUGCUCCAGCAUGAAAAAAGUAAUCGAGAAGAUUGAUAAGUCGGGUCAACCGGGGAUGGACGGUUCGGGUUGGAAAAAGUCGUUAACCCGGAGGUUCGGGUGCAAGUUCAAGACCCAGGUGUGCGAUUCGCACGAACCUACGGUCGUCGAUACGAGAAAAGGACGGCGACACCAUCACCAACAGUAGGCCCGCCCGUAGCGGAUCACUUAUUUUCACUGCCACGUAGAUGAAUGAACCUUGGAUUGGAUUCGCUUAUUUGGUACUGAGAACUCGACUUUUGAGGCGAUGUGUCUGAGAAAAUAUGAUUAUGUAAAAGCAAAAGCCGAAAAGCGAUUUUACAAAUGGUGCAAAAUGCAAACUUUUUUUCCA